AUGGAACCCAGAGCUCGUGCCGGCAAGAAUGUCGGAAAGAUGAACUUUAGCCAUGCAGAGUUGGCACAGCUGCUCUACGCACACGGCGACGUUCAAAACCCACUCCCCGAAACCGUCCGCGUCCUCGACGAGAUUCUCACAGACUUUAUGCAGUCCAUCGCUUUUGAAGCGACGCGAGCGGCCAACUACUCAGGUCGGCAAAAGAUCAAGUACGAGGACUUUGAAUUCGCAUUCCGCAAGAAUCCAGCGUUCCUGGGCAAAGUCCAAGAGGUCUUCGAAAAGCAAAGAGAGAUCAAGAAGGCCCGAGAGAUUCUGCGCGACGGCGAGGACGAAAUAAUGAAGGAUGCUGCGGAUGAGGAAAAGAAGAGAGAAAAGACGGAUACCAGACCUGGAGGAUCAGGCGGAGGCAGUGCUGCUGCAGCUUCUGCGGCGUCAAGAGCGGAGGAGGAGCUGGGUGAGGCUGAUGAUGAUGCCGAAGCCGAGCUUGAUGCGUUGGGUAAGAAGCGCUGA